AUGGUGAAGGAUGCGGUGAGUACACUCAUCUCUCAGAUUAAAAGACUAGAAGCUGAACUCAAUAAAGCAGUUGAGUAUGAGAGCAAAAGGAUAUCUGACCUAGAACGUAAAAAUUCUGAUCUUGAGAAUAGAAUGAAGAAAAUGGAGAAAGAAAUGUUCGAGCUUAAACGCCAUGCCGAGGAUCAACAGGAAGAGAUUAAGAAAUCUGAACGUAUCUCUCGUCGGAACAAUUUCCGUAUCGUGGUAAUGGAAGAAAAAGAUGGGGAGGAUAAUCAAAAAAAAUGUAUAAAUAUUGUACAAGGAAUUUUGAAAGAGAAAUUCAAAAUGGAAGACGCCCAUGUUGAUCAAGCUCAUCGUGUGGGGAGAAGAGGUGAGAGGCCACGACAUAUUCUUGUCAAGAUCAAUACACAUGGGCAAAAAAUAAAUAUCAUGAAGGAGGCAAGGAGAGUGCUCGGAGAAGUAAACUAUUACAUCAUCGACGACUUAUCGAAGCCUGACCUCGAAGAGAAACGCAAGUACGCUGAUGAUGUGGCGAAGCUUUUCCGUGAAGGAACGAAGUUGCGGUUUUACGCAGGGAAAUGGCGAGGCGCUGGUGGUCAACCAUUCUUCAACAAAUAA